AUGACCACCACCACCACCGGAGAGCCCAAGCAGACCUAUCGUGGCAACUGCCACUGCAAGACCUUCGUCUACGAGGUCCAGCUCCCAGAGAUCAAGUCCGUCAGCGCCUGCAACUGCAGCCUCUGCUCUAGGAAGGGGACCCUCUGGGUCAUUCCCCAACGCGACGACCUGCGCUUCGUCAAGGGCGCCGAGGAUGACCUCUCGACGUAUAACUUUGGUCCGGGCCAAAUUACGCACAAGGUGCGCUCGAUCCAAGACCUCGAUAUUUUCGGCAUGGAGAAGAAGACUUACGACGGCGCGUCUUACGGCGCUAAAUACGAGCCUCACACCCACAAGGGUCCCGGGCCAACAGCCGAGGUCGAGGGGGGCAAGCUAUACACCGGCAGCUGCCACUGCGGCGCUCUGACGGUGGCCGUCGUCAGCAAGCCCAUCGACGAGACGUACGAAGACGGAGUCGUCGAGUGCAACUGCAGCAUCUGCGAAAGGAAUGGAUACGUCUGGGUGUACCCCAACACCGACCAAGUCGUGCUGACGGGAGACGACGACAAGAUCGGCCGCUACAUUUUCGGCCACCACAUUCUCGCAAAGACGUUUUGCAAGAACUGUGGCGUCCCCAUCACCAAUCAGUUCAACCCGCUGAGCGAGGAAGAACAGAGUAAUUUGGUGGAGCUAGCGCAGUACUGGUACGAGAGGUCGAAGACGAGGCAUCCCGUCAACGCGCGGGUUCUAGACGGGGUGAAUGUAAAGAGUUUGAAGGUUGCCCAGAUCGAUGGUAAGACUGAGCAUCAGCCUGGAUACGUGAACCCCUGA